AUGGCCGCUGUGCCGGUCCUCGCCGACCCGAGCGCCAUGACGCCCGGCGAGCGCACCAACGAGCUCGUCGCCUUGGUCCAGCGCGACGACUUGCUCGGCGUCCUGCUCGUCCUGCUCUACUGCGGCGAGGCCGAGGUCAACAGCACAGCGACCCUGUACCGCACAAGCCCUGUCGAGGCCGCCCUCCUGUACCCGACCCGUCGCACGCCCGUCCGCCGCCUCAUCGCCGAGUGCCUCCUCCAUCGAGGUGCGAGGACCGACCACCUCGCGCAGAACAUGCCGUCCCGCGCCCUGCCCGCCAUCGAGUCGAUCCUGAGCAGCUGGGACGACGGUGGACGAGAGCGAGCGACGAUCUCGUACGACCUGAGCUUCACGAUGGACCUCUAUGCCGCCGAGGAGUACCUGCAGGAGCACGGCUACGGCCCUGACGGCCCGCCCGACCCGCCGUCGGCCGACUCGUCGAGCGCUCCAGCCGUCCUCGCUCCUGUCUCGCACGCCGCGCCGACACCGCCCACGCCUCCUCACGACGACCCGCAUCGUCCUGUCGACUCGCCCUCAAAUACGCUGUACGAGCUCGUGCCUCAAGACGCGGCGACCCCGUCCCGCCGAGACGGUCCGAGCGACCACGCCCCGUCGCCGAGGGACGACUCGCGCCGCAGCGAGAACGCCCAGUGGCCCUCGCGCGUCGGGAGCGACCGUCACGAGCCUCGUCGCCGCUCUCGCAGCCCCGACCGUCGCCGCGACUCGUAUGCGCGAGACGGCCGCGAGCGGCGCUCGCGCUCGCCCCGUCCUGAUCAGCGCCGCCUCUUGCCUCGUCACCAGCGAUCGCCCUCGCCCCGUCGUCAGCAGCGCGACAUCUCCCCUGUGCGGCUUCCUCAAGCCCUGUCGAGCGCGUCCGCGACGGCUGGCGGCAGCGCCCGGUGGAUCUUCGAGACGCUCCUUGGCCUCGGCGUCCGGCCCUUCGACAUGUUCAUGUCGAAAAGUCGCAACAAGCCGCUGCGGUUCGCCUUUGUCGGGUUCGACAGCGCGUCCGCCGCCACCAAGGCGAUGCGCGAGCUCCACGGCCUGCGUGUCGACGGCGUCAAGCUUUCGGCAUCGCGCUUCUGCGACAAGCACACCGGGUCGACGCAGCCCCGCAUCCCGGCUUCGGACUUGCUCGACCGCCGGUACAUCGGCCCCCAGGCCCAGAGCGAGCUCGCGUCGUUCGAGCGCCAGCCCGGCCUCUUCUUCCUGCACCUUGCGCCGUCUACGACCGAGGUCGGCAUCCGCAAGCUCCUGUGUCGCUACCUGUCGGCGUCCAAGGUCGGCUUCAUCGAGGUCCGCCACGCCGGGCUCACCCGCACCGCUUUCGCCGACCUCGCAGACGACGAGUCGUGCCGCAAGGCCAUCAUCGAGUGCGACGGCGCCGUCGUCGACGGGUACGCCGUCCGUGUCAGCUGGCUCGAGCGCAGGAACUCGUGGCGCCCGCCUCGCAAUUCUGCGUUCGUCCGGUCCUCGCCGCCCCGACCUAUCCCAAUCGACGAUGCUGCCCUCAAGUCUCGCGCGAGCGAAGCCGGUACGCCCUCACCUCGGGUCCCGCCUGCCCCGACCACGCCGGGUUCGGCUCUACAGCCAUCACCGCCUCAAAAUGGCGCAUACGGGCCCGAGGUCGAGCACCUGCGCACGAUCGGCCUGUCGGACGAGCAGAUCGUCGCCGUUCAGCAGCUGUGGCGUCCAAUCGAGCGAGACGAGGUCGGCGGCCCGACCUUGGAGCGCCGCAUGGACGUCAAGGUCGACUUUGGCUGCGUCGUCGAGGAGGACGCGAGGCUGGCGCUCGCGCAGAACGCGCGCGAGCCGGCGUUCCCCGACGACUCGGCGAGCCAGGCGCGGUACUCGGCAUUCCUCGAGGCGCAAGUCGGCAAGUCGAGGGACUACUACACGGUCUUCUUCGCCAAGCUCGCCGAGUUCAGCUCCUCGAGCGUCGCCUUUGCGGCCAAGGCGCGCAGCGUCGCCGAGGAGGCCCGUCGCGACAUGAGCGCCACGAUGGAUGUCGGCGACGGGCGCGGCGUCAAGGAAGAGGAGCGGGCCUAG